GAAUUUAUGAUACCCCUGUGUGCAAGAUGGCUGUAUAAUGGAGGCUGCUGACAAUUUGGAAAAUGACUAACUGUUACCCAGUUGAAGAGGAACUUGCCGCUUACACGAGCGAUCUUUUGUUACUUUUUCAAAAAUUUGACAAAGGCGGAAGCUUGCGAUUUGAAGAUUUUAGCAAAGAAUGGCGAGAGCUGAACUUUAGCUUCAUCCAUUGUGGAAAGAGGACAAGUGGCGACAGACAUCAGGGUACUGAGCGACUGUUUCGUUGCAUAUCCGGGUAUCUAAAUCCUGAAACACCAUUUCAAUACAGAGUUGCUGCUAUAUAUUGUGCCUAUGCUGUCUAUUAUACACAGCUAUGUAACCCAAAAGUUAAGAUACGAAUGACAAUGCCAAUGUGGAAAGAUUUGAAAAAUCUUCAAGAAGUUGUGAGAGAACAUAAGCAUCGCGACAUUGACUAUGUCAUAACUAAGCUGGAAAAUGACAAGGCAUUUCUCUUCACUGCAAUGCCAAAGCAGCUUGAGUAUGGCAAUAAAGAGCUAAUGACUAAUAUGGAAACGGCAGGAAGUCAAGUUAACUACUCGCGAAAGUACUAUGUUCCAGACCAAUACGUUGAGGAUACGAUUCAAGGCCUUGACUUUGUAGAGAGCAUUGCCGGCCUUGAAGACGAAUAUAUGGCUGUUAAAGAGGAUAUCUUCAAGAACCUUCCUGAGACUGUUGAUAGGAAAACAGUCAACUGCUUCAAGUCAGCCGUGGAUUUUCGAUCGAAUUUAGUCGAUGAAAUAGAAAACUUUCGCGAAUGGGUUGAGUCGAAUUCACAUGUUCAGACGCUGUUUGACAGUGGACAGAGGCCCGCUGCAAAGAAUGUCGAAGAUAUUGAAGUGAAAAAGAAAAAAGCAUCCAAGGAAGUGCCAUUAAAGAAGGCACCAAGUACCUGCACAAGGGCUGAAAGGAUCCAAGCAAUUAAGCGUCGCUCAUUUCGUAAUCCUGCUUCUCGCGAAGCCUCGAGCGCAUCUCGUUCUGAAGGAGGCCAAGAUCCUUCGAAGGAAACGGUAGACGAAAGUAAAUUUCUCUACCGUCGCAGUGCAUUGAUAGAGAGAUUUGAACUGCGGCCAUGGUUGCGCAGGUGGAGAUCAAGACAUAAGAUGGGCGUCGCCUCAACAGCCGUGUGUGAAGGGAACAAGCUUGAAGGUGGUCAAUCUUAACCGAAUGACAGACAGGUCGAAAAGCCUCUGCAUGAAAUUCACGCAAAAGCUAUUGACUGGAAAGGCCAAGAGUACCCAGCAAGCGGCCUGUGGUUGUUUUUUUGGGGCGAUGAAGAUAUGACUAAACAUCCAUGGCAAAGCGACUAAUUGCUGCAUGUCAGUGCAGCAAUGCUGAGAGAUGUGAGACAUAUGUCAUCGAAAUCUUUAAUUGAUAUGCCUGGGAAGAUAAACUUGUUUAUAUUGUGACAUUUAAGGUAAGAUUCGUCUAUUAGGAUUCGGUAUUAUAGUUUUUCGUAUGGUUCUAGUGAUGCUGUUGUUAGAGGGUCCGGUGAAAGAGCCAUAGUCUCGUAUUAUAUUUGAUUACAAAGAAACAUCUGUUCAUUGUUGGCUGUCGUUGCUUGGAAGCAAAGACAUGUGGAAGUUCUUAAAAUCGUUAUUUGGAAAUUCACUCUCAGAACGCUGAAGCUCACAUUGAGCCGAUGUCCUACAGAGCAACCUGUGUGUUUCAAGCCACCCUACCUGCUAGUAAUUUUAAUCAUUUAAAUUCGAGCGUUUUGUCUAAAAUUUGGCAAGAUGCCUUUGAAGAGUAAUAUCGAUAACGCAGCUUUUCAAGUGUAUUUUUGCACUCGCGCAAAAAGGGAUUCUUCUGUUACAAGUGAAGUCAGACCAGAAACCUGUAUUCUUCGCAGCCUGGCCAUGUUUUUCUACGUAAGAAGUACGCAUGUGGAAGAUCUAAAGUAUCUGAAUGCAUCCGGUGGGUCUUCGAUUAAGAAUACGCAUGUAUACGUCUAUCACAUCACAGAACAUAAUCUACGCAGCCAGAUAUUCAAAAAGCAGCUUUUAGUUCAUUUAGAAAACAACUCUGUACUCGUGUUCUUGAGAGAAGCAGAGUUGGAUUUCCCUGCUGUUUACGCGUUUUUUCCAAGUGGGUGUACGGUUGAAUUGAAGAAGAAGCUCAAGCAUUUUCAUGAAAAAGCUGUUGUUGUAAGCGAAAACUGUUACGAAAACGCAGCUAUAGAGCUGAUACGAGAGAUAAAGAAAAUACAAGAAAAAUUGUUAGGGAACAAAUUGUCAAGUGCACAGACAUUUCCAAUCGUCUUCGAUAAUACAGUUACGUCCUUGACAUUCGGUUUGCCGAUGAAUGGUGUUCAGGUGGAGUCUGUUACGAACGUUUCUGGUCUCAGCAAAAUAGCAAUCAAACUAAAGAAGCAAGGUGUUGACAAAAUAAGCGAGAGGAAUGACGUACGGAGACAAGAUAUGUCCCAAUUAAGGGGCUAUCCAGGCACUCAAGAUAGUCCACUGGCAGUUACUAGUAUUGAGCUUCGUUUGCGUAAAACUGUUUUUGAGCCUAGAAAUAGUAGAAAUGAAAUGCUAUAUAGAAAGACCCUUUGCAAAAGGUCGUGUGACCCGCGUAGAAAGGGAGGCAAUGAUUCUUUACCUAUGCAACAUUGUUAUUCUGGAAACUCAGAAACAAGUAUUAGGAACACAGGCCGGUUUCCAAAACUGCUUCAAAAGCCGUCUGCCUCGUCCAGCUCAGACUGUUAUGGGUCAUAUACCCAACCAGGGACGUCUAAUAUCUCCAAUUUGUGUGACAGACCUUUGCCGAGCCAACCGGAUGAAGUUUUUAGUGAUGAUGUUAAUUUGAAGCCUAACUCAAGCGAGAGUCCUGAGACUGAGGUUGCCUGUACGCCUGAUGAACCUUGCUAUUCGGCUGUUUCCUCCGUCGAUAACCAGUUCGACUUGCACAGAGCCCAACGUGACAUUAGGUGUGAAUCCAUCCACGAGGAAUUGAGAAUACAAAACUCCAAAACAUAUGCUGUCUUUGUCCCUGAUCGGUGGGGCAAAAACGGUGAGCAGAUGAUUUACAUUAGGUUCCCAGACGAAAGUGAUCAGUUACCUUACCAAGCCUAUGAUCUACCCUGCUCUGGAUUCUCCACACCAUCAACGUUUAACCUGAGCGAGGAAUACAAAUCACCGAUAGACAGUCCUUUGGUUUCUAUCCCCCAGCAGAGACGAAUCUAUCCAGAGCCUUGUCCUUUGUACCCACUGGAAUCUUCAUUCCCUCCUGUCGAUCUUCCUGUUGAUUUUUCUACAUAAGGAAUUCUUUACCAAUUACGGAUUACAUUUGAGGAAAUUUAGAAAUCAAAUAAACUUAAAUCCCACACGGAAGGGUUGUCAUGUACCUUAAGGGAAAGCAUAGUUAAGACAAAAAGUACAUCAUGAUGUUGUUCUUAGUUGGCAACAAUAAAGAUUUGCUCUUCCUUUUCUUAAUGAACGUGUACAUCGUUAUUUUCCAAUAAAACCUCUAAUUACAAACCUAGGUUGAUUUUUUCCUGUAUGUUCUUUGUCACCUCCGGAAUAGAACAAAGAAUUAAUUCUUGUAUAUUUUGUCGGUCAUCACUUAGUCUAAGAACAUUGAUUAAUCUGCUCUCCCAUCGAAAUAAAGAAAGUUGGUUGAUUUUGAUUAAACUUUGUUUCUUCAAAAUUUCUGUUUGUUUAAAUUUUCCUUAUUUACAAUCUUGGAAUUUAUUCUACGUUAUUUUGAAAAACUCUGGUGCUGUUUGUCUUUACAUUUUUUAUACACCCAAAAGUUUAUUGUUACUGUUCUCGCUUAUUUACGAACCGGCACAUGAACUGAAUUGCAAGUUAGUCCAUUGUAUUGUAAAAACUGAUAAAUGAAGUGCGUUUUGUUAAUGUUUCUGUUAUUGGAAAUGUUCAGAAGAUUUAAACAGAAUUUGAUUGAAACUUUUUUGGUGAAAGGGCGACAAAGAGUUAUUAAAACAAAUUUAAAGUUUUGUUUUUUGUUUAAAGAAAAAAAUUGUUCUUGAAUAACUUGAUGACGUCAUCUUUUCAAGGCUCCAGUCUGUCCGUAUAUAUCGCGUCAUUUUUUCUAUCACACUCAAUAAAUUCAUCUUCCCUCAACUUAUAUUUUUCCUUAAACUGCUGUUUUUAUGAAAACUGUCUUGAUAUCACGAUUUAUCUACACGCGUUUCUAAAUAUUUUUUGAUCACCAAAAAAAGGUUGAUGGCUACAAAAUGGGUGGCAUCCGUCAAUGGUAUAUUCGAUCCCACCCAUUUGUCGGAUGAGGGAGCGGAUAGGGAAGCUGCUAGAUCGAUAUACCCUCACCUGUCGCCCUUUUUUAUUGUCAUAGAAAAUUAUUUUUUGAAUUCAACUUUUUGCAUUUAAGAUUUUGUUGCACUAAUUUUAUCAUCUAACAGCUAAUCAGAGUCAGGAAAACUUUACGGUCGCACGGCCACUGACCGGAGGAAGGUCAAGGAAAAACAAUAGAAGCUCUUAUGACACACCUAAGCCACACCUAUUUUCUAUUGUUUUGUGAGGGAGGUUUGCCUUCUGGGAUGGUUUUGUCUGGAGGAAGGUUAACAACUUUACUGGACUCUGCAGCUAAUGUCCUUACUGAGCUUUCAAAGACUUCGUAUCAUUCCGUUUACACAACCUUUUACACAAAUCUAUUUAUUAUUCAGCUCAGUUCGACUCACUAUCAACUCAGCUUUCGUUUACAAUCAUAAUAAGCAAAAUUCCUCAUAGUCUGUACGAUUACACUGAGCAUGCGUGAGGAAUCAGCCUGCCCGUGUUACAAGCACUUGAAUCCUGCUCAAUUUUCCCGUCCUAAACCCCUGAUGAAAACAUGCUAUCUAUCUGGUGUCUAUAUUUGAGUUGUUUUUUCUUACACUUUGAGUGCUCUAUCAUAAGAUUAUUACAAUACACCAGAAGCGUAAAAAUGGAAGCUUAUUACUACUGACCAUUCCUUUUUUACCAUCUUGAUCUCUUUGUUGC